GCGUGAAGGUCGUCGCGAUGCUAAAGCGUUGUUUGUGGACCAUAACCCUGCCGUGGAUUGUCCUUAGCCAGACCUACUACAUGAACUUCAUAUUCAAUAACUAUCGAUAUGUGGACCGGGAACGUAAGGAAGUGCAUACCGAUAGGAAGAACUAUACAAAGAAUAUGACCAUCGAAGAGGAGACUCUGGAGAUCAAUUCGAUAGAGUCAGAGACUCUGGAGAUCACUUCAAAGCAGAUUGCGCCCAAGCCAGCGGUCUCCUAUGAGGACUGGCCAUCACUGGAAAGCCAUGAAUCGGAACUGUCUGCAUUAAACACGGAUGAGGAUGAUAAUGCUGAUGAGGUGGAUAAGGUUGACAACAUUAUUGAGAUUAUACAUAACAAUGGGAAACCGAAGAAAACUACCACCAUCACCACAGAGCGACUCACCACAAAGAGACACAUCACAAAACACACCACUAGAGAACCCACCACAGAACAGCCCAUGAUUAAGUACCCAGUAGCAAACAAAAAAAAGAAACCAAAUCGAGAAAAACCCGUCGUAAACAAAGGCUCUACAGUAAAAGUCGUAGAAGUAACCACGGAGAAAUUGCCUAAUUGCAUGCUAAUAGAUAUCAUAGCCGACUCUGGCAAAGGGGCCCAAAAAGAAACCACUACCAAAACCCCAGAGCGACCAAGAAAAACAACCCCUAAGAAACCAAGAAAAACAACACCAAAGAAACCAAUAGAAACAACUCCAAAAGAACCUCCAGAAACAACCCCAGAAGAACCUAUAGAGACAACCCCAGAAGAACCAAUAGAAACAAAUCCUAAAGAACCUAUAGAAACAAUCCCAGAAGAACCUGUAGAAACCAUCCCAGGAGAGCCCAUAGACACAAAUCCAAAAGAACCUAUAGAAACAAUCCCAGAAGAACCUAUAGAAACAGUCCUAGGAGAACCCAUAGACACAAAUCCAAAAGAACCUAUAGAAACAACGCCAGAAGAACCAACAGAAAUAACCACAGAAGCAGACACAGCGGAUGGCACUUCAAAUAAGACCACAGAAUUGAAAACCGUCACACCCCAUCCCCCGGAAUUCUUCCACUAUCCCGGAGCCAAGUGUCACGAGGAACUGGAUCUGCACGAGCUGUUCGGCAUCAGCCUUGAGAGAGAUCGCGGCCUGCCCAGCAAGGUGUUCUGCGAUUUCAACAAUGACUGGGGCGGUCCCUGGUACCUGAUGACUCGCAUCGAGCUGCCGAGUAGGGUGCACAUGCGGCAUUGGUUCUUUGGGUAUUUGACCGAUGACUACAACGACAUGAAUAUCAACUUCAUUUCCCUGGCGCACAUCAUGAACUCCAUGCGGAUAGCCAUGCUGAUCAUCGGACAGGACAACAACGACAAGUUGGUCUACAAUUUGUACGACGAUGUGGUCAUCUCGGGCUUCAACGAUCUCUUCAUGCUGCGCAAGGCCCAGCUGGUGGAGGCCAAUACCACAGAUCUGCUGUUCGUCUCCGUGGGCGAUGUGAUCAACACGUUUUCGGGUCGGAAUCGCUCCUGUCCCUUCCACGUGAUGGGCGGCUGGUGGGGCUUCAACACGUGGCGCCCCACAUCCCAGUAUUUCUGUGUCUUUCCCGUGGAUAGAGACAUCAAGCGUCCGGGCUUCAUAGCCAUCUUCAUCAAGCCCAGUCCUUUUGCCGUCAACAACACGGCCCUGUACGAGAAUGUCAUAACCACACGACGCCCCUGGGUGCCCACCGUCGAUGCCAUUCUCAUGGAGCAGGCUAACCACGACCAGAAGGUGUACUACCAGCUCAGAAAUGAGGAGUUUCUGGACACCAAGAGGGCCGCGCUGGCUGAGCUGGGGCGUCGCUCUCAGAUCUUCAGAGACUUUAACAAGAACCGAAUAAUGGACAACGGCCAGCCAUUGGGCCCUACAUAGCACAUGAGCAUAUCCUAGACUUAAGGACGAGAGCUGGUACUCACAACAACAAGAGAGAGAAAAGAUUUUAAUCAAAUACUCAAUAAAUAUA